CAGGGUGUGGCUGAGUCUCUUAUUUAACUGCCCACAUCUAUUCUGUAUAAAAGCAGCAGGGCCACAGCCGCUGCCUCUUCUACUUGUGGGAGUCAAGGAUCGGUGAUAGUUCCCACUUGGCUGUGUGACGUGUGGCUGUGCCAGCCCUCCUAGUUGUGAAGAUCCAGUACUGAAGACAGACAUUGGACAGGCCUGGUUCAGCCCACUGGGUUCCAGGAGUAAGUUGAAGCCCUCGCAGGAACAUGAGUGAGGACACAGUCCCUGAGGCGACCUCGCCUCCACCCUCCCAAGGGCAGCACUACUUUGACCGGUUCUCUGAGGAUGACCCUGAAUACCUGCGCCUUCGCAACCGUGCGGCUGACCUGCGGCAGGACUUCAACCUGAUGGAGCAGAAGAAGAGGGUCACCAUGAUCCUGCAGAGCCCUUCUUUCAGGGAAGAGCUGGAAGGUCUCAUCCAGGAACAGAUGAAGAAAGGCAACAAUUCAUCCAACAUCUGGGCGCUACGACAGAUUGCGGACUUCAUGGCCAGCACCUCCCACGCAGUCUUCCCAGCUUCUUCCAUGAACUUCUCCAUGAUGACGCCCAUCAAUGACCUCCACACUGCUGACUCCCUGAACCUGGCCAAGGGGGAGAGGCUUAUGCGGUGCAAGAUCAGCAGUGUCUACCGCCUCCUGGACCUCUAUGGCUGGGCACAGCUCAGCGACACCUAUGUCACGAUGAGAGUGAGCAAAGAGCAAGAACACUUCCUGAUCAGCCCCAAAGGGGUUUCCUGCAGUGAGGUCACGGCAUCUAGCCUGAUCAAGGUGAACAUUCUGGGAGAGGUGGUAGAGAAGGGCAGCAGUUGCUUCCCAGUGGACACCACAGGCUUCAGUCUGCACUCAGCCAUCUAUGCCGCCAGGCCUGAUGUGCGGUGCGCCAUCCACCUGCAUACACCUGCCACAGCCGCGGUGUCAGCUAUGAAGUGUGGCCUCCUGCCUGUCUCCCAUAAUGCCCUGCUGGUGGGGGACAUGGCCUACUAUGACUUCAAUGGGGAAAUGGAGCAGGAAGCAGAUCGAAUCAAUUUGCAGAAGUGCCUUGGACCGACCUGCAAGAUCCUGGUGCUGAGAAACCAUGGCAUGGUCGCUCUGGGUGACACUGUGGAGGAGGCUUUCUAUAAGAUCUUCCACCUGCAGGCUGCGUGCGAGGUACAGGUGUCAGCUCUGUCCAGCGCUGGAGGAACUGAGAACCUUAUUCUCCUAGAGCAAGAGAAACACCGGCCACAUGAGGUGGGCUCUGUGCAGUGGGCAGGCAGCACUUUUGGACCCAUGCAGAAGAGCCGGCUGGGAGAACAUGAAUUUGAAGCCCUCAUGAGGAUGCUGGACAACUUAGGCUACAGGACAGGCUACACAUAUCGCCACCCCUUUGUCCAAGAGAAAACCAAACACAAAAGUGAAGUGGAGAUCCCAGCCACAGUCACUGCCUUUGUGUUCGAAGAGGACGGUGCCCCAGUCCCUGCCCUGCGCCAGCAUGCUCAGAAGCAGCAGAAGGAGAAGACCCGUUGGCUUAACACGCCCAACACCUACCUGCGGGUGAAUGUGGCUGACGAGGUGCAGAGGAAUAUGGGCAGUCCCCGGCCCAAGACCACGUGGAUGAAAGCUGACGAGGUGGAAAAGUCCAGCAGUGGCAUGCCCAUACGGAUCGAAAACCCAAACCAAUUUGUGCCUCUCUACACUGACCCCCAAGAAGUGCUGGACAUGAGGAACAAGAUUCGAGAACAAAACCGACAAGACAUAAAGUCUGCAGGGCCCCAGUCCCAACUCUUGGCCAGCGUCAUCGCCGAGAAGAGCCGGAGCCCGUCUACAGAGAGCCAGCUGAUGUCCAAGGGCGACGCAGAUACCAAAGACGAAUCAGAGGAGACAGUGCCCAAUCCCUUCAGCCAACUCACCGACCAGGAGCUGGAGGAGUACAAGAAGGAGGUGGAGAGGAAGAAGCUAGAGCAGGAGCAGGAAGGGGAAAAGGACACAGCCACAGAAGAACCUGGAUCACCCAUAAAAUCCACACCUGCGUCUCCAGCGCAGAGUCCGACGAAGGCAGGGACCAAGAGCCCAGCAGUUUCUCCUUCCAAGGCUUCAGAGGAUGCCAAGAAGACAGAAGACAGCGAAGCCACCACGGAACCUGAGCCAACAAAACAGGAAGGGGUCGUGGUGAACGGGAAGGAGGAGGAGCCAAGUGCAGAAGAGGUCCUCAGCAAAGGACUGGGCCAGAUGACCACCAAUGCUGACACUGAUGGUGACAGCUACAAGGACAAAACCGAGUCAGUUACGAGUGGCCCCUUGUCCCCAGAGGGCUCGCCCUCCAAAUCACCCUCCAAAAAGAAAAAGAAAUUCCGAACGCCCUCCUUCCUGAAGAAGAGCAAGAAGAAGGAGAAGGUGGAAUCUUGAUCUGUGGCUCCUGCUGCAUCCCUGCCCUUCUUCCCUGCCCUUCUUCCAACUCUGCCCCUGGAGCACAGGGCCAACAAGGGACAGAGAAGGACCUGGGAUCACACUCAGAGGGGAGCUUAGAGCCAGCCUUCCCAGAGCAGCCAGGUGUCUUGCCCACAAUCACAGUUGGUUGGUGGCAGAGCCUGCCCUAAAGUUGAGCUUCCUGACUCCCAUGGUCGUGCUCUGUCCUCCGUUUAACACUGCCUAGUCCUGGGCUGCCUUUGUCAGGACACCGCCUGCCAGCCUGAGCCCAGGGCAGGAAAGCCGAGCACUAGGCAUGGUUACAAAUGCUCGCAGGCCAAGGCUUCCUCUGAGUAAACUCCAUCUCUUCCCAGGACACCUGCCUCUUGUUGAUGGAGCUGUCUCCACAGCAAGAAGCCAUGCUUCUUCUCUUCCAUUUUGGGUCCCUUCCCCCUGCUCAAAGUAACCAGGCAAACUGACCUGCUCCCCCUCCUCCCAACAGAAAUUAAUCUUCUAUCCCCAGGCUGAUGGCUUAGCUUGUACUUUUCCAAACACUAAUCCUGAGCUUUUGACAUGGAACCCAUUGAGUGAUGGAUGGAAGAACCCUAAGAUCUGACAGAUAGAAGGCAAGCCUAGUCAGCUUAACGAGUGGACAGAGAGCCAUCAAUCUAAGAGCUAGGAUCCUGGCCUGUCUAUAUUGUGCAUCUCAUGGGCUGCAAAAUUAAACCCAACUGUAACAUAAGAAAAAGUCUCAUGCAUAGGGCAGGAACUCAAGGGCAUCUAAAUCCUUGUGCUGGCAUUGAGUUAUGCGAGGAAGGUCAAAUGCCGCUUUGGUUUUGUAUAAUAUGCAGGGCUGCACCCGGCAGUCAUGUGUCCUUUGGCCUUCCCAAAUGCCCAAGAGCCCUUGCCCAUAGACCAGAGCAUCUUACUCUUGGCAUCUUGACCUUGGUUCUUUGGGUCCCAACUCUGAGUCACAGAAGGUGCAGCAGAGGACAGUCAGAUUCUCUCACUAACUCUCAGAGACACGCCUGGCAUUCCUAACCCCUUCACUCUUGCAACCCAGACUUGGUGAUAGGUACAGCUGUUAUGUUAAAAGUCAACACUGGUUUUUCAUAUCCUCCCAAGGAAUCCUGUUGGCUGACGAGCACUCUGGCUCUAAGACAAUCCAUCUUCCUUAAAGCACAGCAUCUUGAAGGAGCACUUCUCCUUUUCGUCCCGAUUACUGUAAAGGUAUUUUUGACAUCCCUUGACUCAUCAUUUUCACUUUGCACACCUGCUGUCUACAGACACCACACAGGCUUUACCCUCUGUCGUCCCGACUCCUCCCUUUUUCUGAAAGAAAACUGAACCCCUUCAGGGAUAACUGACUUGCCGAGCAAGACCUGAAGGCUGGGUUUGAACCCAGGUCAGUCUGAGCCGAGUGCUGGCUCUUCCAAGCUGCGGUGAGUGGACAGUGGCUUUGACCCAUUAGCCAUUUCUGCAACUGGUCUUGGCUGUGUGGCUUUAGCACUUGCGAUGAUGUUAGAUCACCUGUUGUCCACCUAAGUGAUGCGGUCAGCUCCUGCUGACCAGGGGUAGUGGUAAGAUCUAUGCCUUUGAACACAGAGAGCUGAACCCUAUGGCUGCAGCAGGAAAUCCCACCACCCUUGGCUGUCGUCUCUUGAGCAGAUCUGAGAACCUAGUGCCGAACUGUGGUUACUGCCCAGGUCCUGUGUUUGCUCUGCUUUCUGGCUGGGUCAAGUCUAAUUAUAGACAACCCAGUGCCCCUGCCUGAAUGCUCAGAAGCUUCUAUCUUCCUAUAGGAGCUGCCUUCUUAGAAAUAAUUUUCACAUUCAUUCAUUUUCUCUGAAUAGUCAUUAACCAUCCACUCAUGUGAGACACUUAAAAAAAAAUGAUGAGAGGCAUCGACCCCGCAGAGGUGGCGCUUGUGUGAGCUGGUGCUCAGGAUGAAGUCUGUUGUCUCUGCCCGACAUGCUCCCUUUUUUAUCUUUAUGACAGUGAGGUUUGCUAAGGUUAAAAUGUCGGAGCUUUGCUGUAGUGUCAUAUUGGAGUCAAAGUCAUGGUUUAGCUCAUACUCGCCCAUCUGUUUAUUCCUUGUAUGUUCAGAAAACACGCAUCUAUGAGCAUCUGAGACAUGCAGACAAGUUACAGAGCAGGCAGGGUAUGCAGAGAGCCAGGACAGCAGUGACUGUCCUGUGAUGGGCACGGGGAAGCCUUCGGGAAAAUUGAUGGCUGUAUUAGUUUUAAAAUGAGAGGAACUUUUGGGGGGUAAGUCAGCAGAGGUGGACAGAUGCGGGAGCAUGGGAUUCCACAUCCUGUCUUUCUGGGCCUCUUGGUACUGUCAUAGUGUUACGUGAAAGGUGACAGAAGUGGUCACAUCCCAGGUGGGCAAGGCCGGGUCAUAGGGAGACUUGUAGACAGUGUGGGAGAUCUGAAUUUGACCGUGUCCUGGGCAUGAGGACUACUAAUUAGGGUAGAAUCGUUAAUAGAAGUGCACUGGAGAGUCCCUUCCGUGGCCGCGUGGAGAGUGUGUGUGAGACUGCUGGCUGACCUCGUGCUGUGUUCUCCUCACUGCUGCAGAGGGUUCCUAGCUCAGAAUUCCUUUCACGGAAUUCUUGGGGAAAAGCCCUGAAGUCUUUAGCGAGCUAAUGAUGCUAGGUUCACAGCCCCGGGCCCUAUUUUGCUUUGGGAUGAGAUCAUGGGAGUAUAAAGACAUUUUGUCGAUUUCCUUCUUGUACAUAAAGGAUGUGACGUGCACAGCUCUGAGACUGUAGACACAGCUGUGCAGGCCAGACAGGGCAUUUCUCUGGCUCUGUGUCAGAGUUGAUUCAAGGUUCGCUGAUGAGAAGGGGUGUUUGUAAGCUCAGAGCUGACCGGGCAUCAGCUUGUUUCUCACUGAGCCACUGGAAUUGCUCCUGAGAGGAGUGUUGGUGCUACCGUGUGACCAGCUGAUGAGAAAAACAAAGCUGCUUCUUGACCUGUUUCCACAUACAGGUGCAUAGGACUAGGACAGAGAGAGGCGACCCUAGCUCCUGUGAUGUCACACACUGGGAACGGUUGUGAUCUGUGAGGGCUACCCAUUUUGUGUGACCAUCCCCCAAACUGGAGAGGGAGGGAGACCUGCCCAGAGAUACUCUGGCUCCAGCCUGCAUCUGGGCUCUUAUCAGCUGACCCAAGGUCUGGUCCUUCUUGAGCCAUGACAAGGGUCAGCUGCUACUUGGUAAUGAGUGUGAAGUCCUUGCUCUGUGGACAGAGGAUGUGAGGGACAUGGUUGAGGACCACAAGUCUCUCACAAACCCAUGGUAAGGCACUGUUCUGAGCCCUCCAGUCAUAGACAUACCUAAACCUAGCCCCUAUGGGAUGACAACAUGGAAGAUGGCGGGCGUCUAGCCUUGUGACAACAGGGCCACAGCUCCUGUUGGUGUGAGCAGAAAAUGUAAUGGCUCUGAAAGAACCGUUCACCCCUGAGUGUCCAAGUUAGACCUAUGUUUGCUUAGGGACAGGACAUACCCUGUGGAGGCCACUGUGCCAGGCCUUUUCAUAAGUGUUAGUUUUAUGUCUUAGUUCUAGGCCAAAGGUUAUGAGUUCCUGACAGCUGAAAGGGACUAUUGAAACACUCAUUCAUCCCUUGCUCAUUUUACACAUGUGGCCCCACAGAUACCCUGGCUCUUGGCAUAGUUACCAUCCACUGUGGCCAGAGAGGGCCUAAGGCUUCUUGCAUUUCUUGCCACUAAGACCAAUUAAACUCUCUAUGACCCGCCCCCCAUAUAAUUCAGAAACUGUGAGACCUGAGUGUAAUGCUAGACAUCUGCCCUCCACGCCCGUGGACAGGACAGGACACCUCACAGCUUACAGGACAUGUAAUAGGACAUCAUGCCUGCGCCACGAGUGGUCUGAAACAUGUGAGUUCAUAGAGAACAAAAGGCCAGAGGCAACUGAAGUUCUCGAACACGUCCAUUUGUUUUCUCUGUGCACAUCCUCUUCCUCCAAUGUGAAAAGGCAGCCACAGUGACUGUGUCUGUGUGGGACUGCGUCCCAGAGCCCUGUCCAACCAGGAUGCGGUGCUCUUCCUGUCAGAAAUGAGGCCACAUAGAGAGCUCUGUUCCCAAGGCUCUUGACCCCCUCUGCCCUCACUGGGGAAGCCACCUAGUCUGUGGGGAUUUCACACAGUGGGAUAUCCUUCAGCGGACAAAGCACCUUUCCUUGUCUCUGCCCUGGCAGUGCCCUUGAGGGCUGCUUUCCAUGGGGACAGUUAGCAAGACUCAGUGCUGGAUGUCCCUAGAAAGUAUGGAAGUCUUUUCCUACCUCCUUCACAUAUGGGUGACAUUAGGAUUUGCCAAAUUGACACUUGUGGCAGUUGUCAUCAGGAUUCUCCCACAAGUUGAGUCAUCCCCUUGAAGACUUGGGGCCAGAGAUAAAGGAGGUUCACGAUGCCGGGAGGGCCCAGGUGCCUGAUAAGGCAGAAUCUUCCUUGGGCCCCCAGCUCCUUCCUCACCCUCUCUGUCCCAAGCACCUGGUGAGGCUGGACCCUGAGGAUACUUCCCUUGUCUCUUGGGCAGAGAUGACAUCACCAGAACUCAAGAAAUGUUGGGAAGGACCUAAACUCUUCUUUCCUGAAAACCAACCUGUGGCCCCUUUAACAUGAAUCAAAGUGGCAGCUGGACCUAAGUCAGGGGGUCUCACUUGGGAAAUGUCUCAGAACCUUAUAUGAUGACAAUACAUUUGGGGAAGCUCCAGACCCCCAUGUCAGUGCCAUCUUGUGUCUGUGGGUCUUACUGUGGUUGGUGACUCAUAGCACAAGACUGCCCUGUCUGUAAAUUCCUUGAAUUGCUAAAGGUCCCGAGUCCAAGGGUUAAACAAAGUGGGUGAAACAGGCACCUAGCAGGACCCAGGGGGUGCAGGGUCCCAGGAACCCAGGAUGGCCAGGGAGUGCGGUGUCUCGUGAGUGAUGUGUGGGUGGUGGUGGUGAAAUGUCUGUUGGACAAUCGUCACAUGAGAAUAUGACUUAUUGUCUUCCCUUGUAUAUAGGCUGUCUGUGUUUGGCUUUUCCUAGUACUUUGAGGUUUUGAAGAGGGAUUCCAUGUAACACUGUGCUGUGACAUGCCGCCCUCCCCCAAGAUCAUACAUCAUCCCCACAAACGGUUCUGCCUUUCUCUAUGAUAACACAUUGAGCCACUGAUGUGCAGUUGGAUGGUUAGGCUCUUGGGUUUUAUUUUGCAAUUUUAUAUAUAUAUAAUAUACAUAUAUAAUAUAUAUUUAUGGGUUGGUUUUAUAUGGUUUUCUGUUUGAAUCUAUGAGCAACAAAGCUUCCCUUUGAUUUUCAUGAGAACUUUCCAAAGGCCUUUUUCUGCUUUGGUAUCUGACUGUG